CCCCCCCCCCUCCCCCCGUGUCUGCUGCUUUUGCUCUUUUCGAGACCUUUUCUCGAGUGAGUCCGACGCACGACGGAUACCAUAUAAUGCCAACUGCCUGGAAACUGUUUCUGAUCCGCCGUGCCACCACAGGAUAAUCCCAGGACCGAUCCCAUCCGCUGGAGCUUGCUUGCAGUUUAUGAAAUCCUUUUUGCGUUGCUUUCCUUACCAUGUACCUUUCGGCCAAGAUGAACUUGCGCUGGCGCAAGCAGACCCACUGGCCCCCGUCGCCGUGCGUGGAGGACGAGAUUGUCUCCCUGUCCCGCGAGCUACACGGAUUGUCCCAGCUUGGAGAAAGGCCCGGAGUCGAAGGCGUUUGCUCCCGAGGAACUGUCGACCAACACCCAGUCCUUGUGGAUGUGCUUUCCUACUCUUCAUACUCGCAGACAACCGUCUUCUUCGAGGAUACUUACCGUGACAGCGGCUCGGAUGACAAUGUAGGGCCGCUGACGCCGACGGAUGAGAGACAGGACCCGAUGCUCUACUACCUCGGGGGUGACCAGGCAGUCCCACUAUCUGCUCCACUCGCGGCCCAGAAGCCCUACCCCCUCCCCUCCAAGCCAGCUGUCCGGACAGAGGUUCCCACCCGUGGCUACCGCCCCAGCCUGGUGGAGACUAGUGCUCACAGAGACAGCACUUCCAAGAAGCCAGUCAUCUGGAAUCCAGAGGCUCCCACCCGGGGCCGUCCUGGCCGAGCGGACACCCAUGUUCAGAGAGACAUCCCUCCCAAGAGGGACACGGCCCAGAGUUCCCGGACUCCCCCGACGUCCUCCAAGCCACGCCCUCCUGCAGUCCAGAGCAAGUCUACCACGUCGUCGCCCCAACGACCGGUAAUCGUGAAGCAUGGCCGCUCCAUUGACACCCUUGCCUCCAAGUCUGGCUACCAGUCCGACACGGCGGCUACCAAGCCCAAGAAACCUGGCCAGCCUGAGCCCCAAACGGACAAGACUGAGCCCCCAGCGGACAAGAAGCCGUCCAUCAGUCCCAGCCUGGCGGCACGGUUGGAAGAGAAGAUACGCCAGAGGCAGGAGCUCCGUGCGUCGAAGGAGACCUCACAAGGCGAUGCCCUGGCGAAGGCGAGUCCUAGUCCGCCGGCGGCUGCCCAGCCAAGGCCCCCGAUCCAGCAUGCGGUCACGGAGCCACCAGUGGCCUCAUUUAAUCCAGUCCCACAGCGGCCUGCUCCAACCUCACAGCCCAGGUCAUCGUCGCUGCCAAGAGAACCGACUACUGACCGCCAUGCAGAGGCAAAUGUCGUGUCAUCCUCUUCGACGGCCGCCCCGGCACCAGUCCCACAACGCCCACCACUAGGGGACAUUAAGCCAGUCGCACGAUCCGUCUCUAGCGACAGGGGAGAGUCGUCCGCCCAGCUGCCAGCUCGACGGGCCGUGUCUUUUCUAGAUCAAGUGCCACAGAGGUCCUCUUCUCUCCCGAGAACCACGGAGGAUGCACCAGAGCGUCCGUUGCUGCCACCUCGGCGGAGCUCAUCCCAGGGACCUGCCCGCCAGACAUCGCCGAGACGCCAAUUCUUCCUCUCUCCUUGUCCCCGGUCAAUUGCCGUGGCUGGAUACCAGGACUGGCACACGAUCAAAGGGCUGCCUCACUUGGACAUCUGCCCAUCAUGCAUGAAGCAAAUGCGCAAAUCGAAGUUCCGUGACCUCUUCAUCCUGGGCAGUCCCCGACCCCGCGGCGAGAAAGUACGCUGCUCCAUGAGCGAAGCGUGGACGCGGCUGGCGUGGAUGCAAACCCUCAAGAAGCAGCUAGACCACCUCGACCUCCUUCACCAGAUCACCCGGUCAUCCAGCAUCAAACCGUGCUCGGGACGCACCAUCACUGACCAGCACUGGUACCGGGUUGUGGACCCCGAGACGGACAUGUAUCUGCCCCAGUUCAACGUGUGCUCCGGUUGCAUCCGCAACCUAAGGGCUCUGAUGCCCCAGCACCGGGACACGUUCAAACGGGGCUCAGUUAAGCAGGAGCGGGCCUGCGACUUCGUGACAGACAGCCCGCGGUUCGUGCGCUACAUCGACUGUCUGGACAUGGCGGCGAACCGGGCCGAGCUGGAACACACUCUGCGACCAGACGUGAGCGAGUUCCUCUCCUACGCGCGGCGCAAGGUGGUGCUGCGGGACUGUCGGCGGGACCGACCGAUCCUCAGCACGUGGCACUACAUGCCGCAGCUGCCGGAGCUCACCGUGUGCGAGGACUGCUACGACGACGCGGUAUGGCCAUAUGUCAAAGCCAAGCAGCCCAUCGCGCGCCGGUUCUCGACGGCGAUGCGCCUGCUCCCGGGCGACGGGCCGUCGCGGUGCCGCGAGGCCACGUGCCAGUUGUACUCGCCGCGCAUGCGCGCCAAGUUCCAGGAGGCGGUGCAGCUGAACGACCUGACGUACCUGAAGCGGGUGGCUCUGCGGCGGUGCGAGGCCGAGCAGCUGUUCCGGGUGCGGCAGGAGGAGCUCCUCGAGGACGCCAGUCGGGGGUAUGAUGUGGAGGGCGAGCUGCGGAAGAACGUGGAGGAGUGGAAGCGGUGCGAGUGAGGGACUGUAUAAUUUUUUUUUUUUCUUCUGGCUUUUUGUUUUGUACAUUUCUUUCCUUUUGUAUGUACAUGGUCAGGACCAGCCUGUAUGCUAUGAACGCUCGACUUGGGUAUAUACAACAUGUAUAACUUGUAUAACAUGCACCAU